GUGACUUAAAAGAAGGAAGAUGAAGCGGAAGAGAGAAGAAAAGGAAGGCAUGGAUAUCGUGUGGCAAACCCCAGCAAAUCCCCCGCACCCGCAAGAUUACAUAUUUCAAAACGGAAUUCGAUUCGUUAAACCAUACUACUUCGAAUUUAUCGCUCAUGUUAAAAAUCGGUGGGCAGGGAAAACCAUUGUAGAUUUGUUCGCUGAGGAGUUUAAAGGUCGACCUUAUGAAUAUUAUGUUAGUGCAGUGAAAUGUGGAAGGAUUCAAGUUGAUGGUGAGAUGGUGCCAGUUUCAUACAUAGUUAAAUCAUCUCAAAAGAUAAGCCAUUUCUUACACAGGCAUGAACCACCUGUGAUGGCUUGUGAUGUACCUAUUCUUCGAAAAGAACCAGAUGUGCUAACUGUUUGUAAGCCAGCCUCUGUUCCUGUGCAUCCAUGCGGUCAGUAUCGUAAGAACACUGUUGUUGGCAUCCUUCAAGCAGAGCAUGGGUUGGCGCCUCUAUUUCCUGUUCAUCGACUGGAUCGUCUUGUCUCAGGACUUCUUAUUUUGGCUAGAAAUGGGUCAAAAGCAGACAAUUUUAGGCAACAGAUUGAAGCUGGCUUAGUCCGGAAACAGUACAUAGCAAAAGUAGUUGGAGAAUUUCCUGAGGAUGAGUUAAUUGUUGAUGCAAAUGUAGACUAUAAUGCUCGAGAAGGAAGGAGCACAGCAGAGGUCAAAGACUCUGCAAAGGGGAAGACUGCCUCUACGAAAUUUACUCGGAUUAGUUCCACUGGUACUCAAAGUGUUGUUUUAUGUGAACCAAUCACUGGACGUACUCAUCAGAUACGCGUUCAUUUACAGUAUUCAGGACACCCAAUAGCCAAUGACAUGCUGUACAUCUCAGAAAAGAUUGUUGAUCGAUCGAUUAAAGGGUCAAGUGCCGAUAGAUCAGCUCGCACAUCUGAUGCUUCUCUAAUAUCAAAUUUUGAUGAAAAAGUGCUCAAUGAAUGUGAAGAAAAUUCCAAUGGGGAUUUUAGCAUUGAUCCCAUGUGUACUAACUGUCCAAAUUUGGCACCCAAAGGAUAUGAUGGCGAUGAGGAAGGUCUAUGGCUACAUUGUAUUCGGUACUCUGGACCUGGAUGGAUGUAUGAAUGCCCAUAUCCUGAUUGGGCGAAGUUUAGCUAGACAACUUAAAUAUAUUUUUCAUGGGACACUUCCAAACAAAUAUACAACAGCGUUUUAUUUGACGUUCAAAUCCAAAAUGCUGCUGGUUGAUCAUAAGAUAUGUAUACAUCGUGGGAGUUUUCCAUGAGUUGGUCCUGCAGGUUAGUGAACAGGUUAGUUAAUCUUCUGUUAUUAAGGGACGCUGGAGAUGAAUAGUCAUUAUUAUUAUUAUUAUUAUUAUUAUUAUUAUUAUUAUUGUUUUUUUAUUCUUUCUCCUAGCGGUGGAAAGGAUGAGGAAGAAACAUCAGAUGUUUUCCAUUUGAAGAUGACUACAUGUUUUGUUAGUGCACAUUUACUACAAUUUUUUGGUCAAACCCAUGUGUUAUUAAAGGGGAAUGCUUUGCAUUUGCCGACA